CCUCCCCCUGGCAUUCGCACCCAUUCCAUGCCAACCCUCCAGCGCCUAGGCCUAACCUACUGGGAAGCCUACUGGCUCUUCACCAACGACUACACGUCAGGCUCCUUCCCGCUAUCCGAGCUGCCCUUCCCCGAGCGUGCCCACGCGGACUGCGCGGUGUGCAUGCAGCAGGAUAUGUGCACCGCGACUUUCCUCUGCGGCUUCCACUUCUGCCUGCUAGUCAGCGCGCACACGUUCGCCGACCUCGAGGUCCUGACCGGCCUGACUACCGUCGACCCGGUUUACGGCGGGAUCCGCUGCCGGGCGGAUCCGUUAAAUUUGCUCGCUAGGUGGACCAGAUCAGGGCUAGUCAGGGCUACUUCGGGGCGGUAGGAGAUAUGCGCCCGGAGCAGUAGGUCGGGGUUGGGGGGGGAAGGGGGGUCUGUCUGCACUGCGAUGCUGCUAAGCAAAGAGUGAGAGACGGAGAUGGAGAUGGGGGUUGUUUUUGAUUUCUGGGGGUUGAAGUAAUGAUGCUUUCUUAUUUUAAGAUUGCUGCGGGAGUGCUCACUUGCUUUUCUUUCCCUUUUGGAAUUUGGGGUGGUUGAGGUGGGAUAGGAGACAGGAAAC